AUGUCAUUCUCCAAUCUUGUCUCGGGCAUUGCCUUCAGAGACGCCCAUCCCGAUGACCGCGGUUCGCAGAUAUCUCGUGCUCGCUCGCAAGUCACCACCCGCUCGCUGACCAGCACGCAAGCCACGAGCGUCAGUAUCUCAGGAGACAUCUCUAGUCAGCUACAUGCUGGCUACAGUCACCCGCUGGCCAGAUCAUGGCAGGCCGAAAGGCAAUUGACCAAGGAAAUGCUCAUCUACCCACUAUUUAUCACAGACAAUCCCGACGAAGAGACGCCGAUCCCCUCCUUGCCAAACCAACAUCGCCGCGGCUUAAACCGCCUUGUUCCGUUCCUCUCCCCGCUCAUCCGAAAAGGACUUCGAUCGGUGAUCCUCUUCGGCGUCCCUCUCGAUCCCAACGCAAAAGACUCCCUUGGUACAGCAGCCGACGACCCUAAUGGCCCUGUCGUCGCAGCCAUUCGAUUGCUACGGGCCCAAUUCCCCCAAUUAUACAUUGUUGUAGACGUAUGUCUGUGUGAAUAUACUUCUCAUGGUCACUGUGGAAUACUUUGCGACGACGGCAGCCUCGAUAACACGCAGUCUGUUGAACGGAUAUCGGACGUGGCCUUGGCCUAUGCGCUGGCAGGUGCCCACUGCGUCGCCCCCUCUGACAUGAAUGACGGUCGUGUGCGGGCCAUCAAACUGAAAUUGAUCGAGGCCGGAGUCGCGCAUCAAGUUCUUCUCAUGUCCUACAGUGCCAAGUUUAGCGGCUGUCUUUACGGUCCCUUCCGAGACGCUGCCGGUUCCUCACCCUCGUUCGGUGAUCGAAAGUGCUAUCAAUUACCCCCGGGAGGCCGUGGGCUUGCCCGUCGUGCUAUCCAGCGUGACGUUGCCGAAGGAGCCGACAUCGUCAUGGUGAAGCCAGCGAGCAGCUAUCUGGAUAUUAUCAGCGACGCGAAAGAACUCGCAAGGGAUAUGCCUGUGGCAGCAUACCAGGUCAGUGGGGAAUUUGCUAUGAUCCACGCUGGCGCCAAAGCGGGCGUAUUCGACCUCAAGCAAAUGGCCUUUGAGAGUACAGAAGGUAUCCUGAGAGCCGGUGCCGGCAUCGUCGUGAGCUACUUUGUGCCAGAAUUCUUAGACUGGUUAUCAUGA